AUGUCUCGCGUCAUGCGCAGCGGACGGACGUACGACCCCGGGCAGGCGCCGGCGGCUCCCAAACGUCGCGGACCCAAGUCGGUUUCCACCAUGGGAACCAAGACAUCAGAAAGACAAGAAACCCUGGAAGGUUCACUAGUACUCAAGGGUACUGGUAAACGUAAAGGAGUGAGUUGGACCACAUCCGAUGGGGUAAAACUGUCCCCAGCGGCAUACAAGGCACUCACCAACAAGGCGCCCCCAAUCCGAAGGAAAUCAAACCUCAGGAUAGAGUACCCACAAGAUACCCGCGAAACAGCGGAUGCCCGUAACGACACGGAUGCCUCUGACGAAGAUAAUGGAGAUGCCGCCCCCCAGGAGACUACCGCGAGGACUGCCGACCGCGCGCUCGGGGUACCAACCACCCCUGAUGCUGCCGACCGUGCGACCGGUACGUCUAGAGUCCCCGAGACUCCCGAAAAGCACGAAAGUGCAAUGGGGAUGAGCGUAGGGUACAGUGGACAAUCUAUAUACAUUACCGCUCGUACGAGCCGCACAUACAGGACAGAGAGUGGCGACGAAGAGUCAGCUCAUGAAAAGCCCCAAUAUGUAAUAGUAGACGACUCACCGUCCCAUGCGUAUAAACACUGUAAAGGGCAGAGCGAGGUCAACUCCGAGAGCGAUAGAAAAUCUGAACCGGUAGGGAUAAGUUGGUUUGAAGAAAUGAGAAAGGCCGAAAACCUACCUGAAGAGGAAGAACUACCGGAGCUUGACGCCGACUGGUAUAGAGACCACUGGUCUCGAUCGCAGUACCUCUCGGCACCUGAUACUGAGUCCGGUAACCAAUUGGACGAUACUGGGAGUGUUAGCGUAAAUGCAUUGAUAUACGAAGUAAGCGAGAACGAUAUGCUCACAGAUGAAGAAUAUGAAAGGCUAUUAGAGAUGCUCCGCAACCAGGAGAGGUUGAGGACCGCCAGAGAAUACGAACCUAGUCAGACCUCCGGAGCCGGACCGUCAGGAGCCCGUCGUACCCCGCCAGUAACACUAGAAGAGGUUGAGGACGAGGGCGAGCGCGUCCAUAGAGUCGUAUCCUCAGAUGAAGAGCGUGAAAGUGAGUACGAACUAGCACCGAAAGGAAAGGGGAAAAGGAAAGGUAGAAUCGAGAAAAAUAGACCACGUACUAGCUUAGGCGUAAUAAUCGACGAAGUACAACGUGACCCUGUUAUCAGCUAUACGGAACGCGUCAAGUCCCAAUCACUGCGGGAGAGUCAACCGGCAAACCAUAUACCUGAGGGAUUCAGUAGCGGUGGAUACGCGCAAGCCAUGUACGGGACAAGGGACCGGGAUCGAUCGUCGGCGGAAGCUCGUCGCUCGAGAAGGGUCGAAUACAUAGCGGCCAUAGAUAAACCCCGAAGUGACCCGUCUAGACCAGUCCAUGGUUCGGAAUUGCGCUCAGAGCGAAGUGAACCGAGGCUAGACAGUCAGAGAGAUGGGGAUAGCCGUAAUAGUCGAAACUAUGACCCUAGCGAAAGCGGAAGACAAAGCCGUAGAGAUGAAAGACCCGACCCGGCAGGAACACCCAGUGACCCCGAUGAUGACCGAAGUGAAUCCAGCUCGAGUAGUAGUUCGGACAGCGAGAGCAGCAAUAAUGAAGACGAACCUCGAGGAAACCCAAACCGUCAAAUAAUGAAAUUGCUAGCCGACCUGAAGAAGGAGAACAAAAAGCUCAAGCGAAAGAUGAAAGAUCGAGCCAGGUCAGGAUACAAGGCCCAGACACCGAAGACCUACAAGGGUGAAGAACCCGACAUCGAAGCCUACGAGCAAUUCCUAUUCGAAUACAACACCUGGAUUCGCGAGGCCGGACUAUCAAGGGACGAAUCCGUACGAGGAAUAUGCCGAUUCCUAGACGGAAAGGCAUCUAAGUGGUAUAUGUCCAAAAUUGCCCCGAACCUGGACAGAGUGAGAUACGAGAUAAGGGAUAUAUACUCACAACUGUACCAAUACUGCUUCCCACCCGACUUCAAGGAGAAACUACGAAAAAAGUAUGAAUCACUUACGCAAGGAGAACGUGUCGUGCAAGACUUCUUUGCCGACCUUGAGUUAUACAGAACACGACUGAGCGAUGUGACGGACUCGCAGCACGUUCGUAGAGCCUGGAAUGGAGCGGCUAGGUAUAUAAGAGUGGAAUGGGCCAUCAGAGGAAUACGUCCAGAGAGUACUACCAUAGAAGAAUUGAAAAGAGUAGCCGAAGAUAUUGAGAGGGCAUACAAAGAAAAACGAGCGAUAGAGCAUGACUCUGGAAAAAGAGAGAACCACAAGCGCGAGCGAUCUCGUAGUCCAAACCGAAAGAGAGACCACAAAGGUAACAACUCACAACGAAACGGCUCAUUCAGAGACCAAAGACCAAGAUCGCACCAAGGUAGUAGCCAGAAGAGUCACGGCCGGGAUCGAGCAGAAAACUGGAAAAAGCACAAACAAGUCAGUAGUGAUCAUAGGCGAGAUCAGCCGCUUACCGAGGAGGAAAAAGAAAAGCUCAAAGCUGAAGGGAAGUGCUUCCUGUGCAAGCAGACAGGACACUUCACUCGCAAUUGUCCAAAGUCCAGCAAAGCUACUCCGUCGGGACUAAAAGUCAACUCUACUACAGUUAGAAAAGCUGAGACGAGGGUAAUGGCAUCGUCCGUACUACUGCGCGAACUAGACAAACUAUCAAAAUUCAGAAACGAACUUGAAUUAAGAUCAGCCGAAGUGGAAGUAUGUGCCGCACAACCGAGUGGAAGAGAACGGGCACAAAAAGUGAACGAACAAGGAUAUAUCGAACGGAACGCCAUGCGAGUAAGGGAUAAUACGAGGAAGGUUCCCCAGACCAUAACCGUCCAAGCAAGACUGAACGGUCAAACCGUUAGAGUGCUCUUAGACUCGGGAAGUCAAGCUGAUAUCAUAUCCACGACUAUAGUAGACCAACUGAACUUACCCAAAACCGCUCUCACCAAGCCCCUUCAACUUGUACUUGCUAUCUCCGGGUCAAAGGGAGUAGUCAACUACGCCACAAAGGGAAGGCUUCAGUACCAAGACGUUGACGAGGAGAGGGAGUUUGAUGUCGGGAAUCUGGGAAGCUACGACAUUAUAUUGGGCACACCAUGGUUAUACCAACAUAGCGUGUCACUAAGCUUCAACCCAAUGGGCGUGUCAAUAGGGUCAGCUAGACCACUCCCACUGGAAGGAGACUACGUACUAGAGGUAAAUAGCCUAGCCACCGAUGUGUUUGAGUCCCGGCUCGAGGAACUUCGUGUAAUUCUGAGGAAGGAGGCCGAAAUACUAUGCCCGGAGUCAGUCGCAAGCACACCGCUCCCACCGUUCCGAGCUAUCAAUCAUACUAUACCUUUGAAGGAUGAGACAAGGGUCUACAAGUUCAGGCCAUCAAGAUGUCCCGAGAAACUGAAACCGCUGUUCGAACAAAAAGCUCGUGAAUACCUAGACUCAGGCAGGUGGCAAUUGGCCACCGGCAGUAACGCCAUACCAAUGCUAUUCCUACCAAAAAAGAAGCUGGAUGGCGAAAUAGCACUGAGGACGGUAUUAGACAAGAGAGAACAGAAUGAUAACACGGUGAAAUUAGCGUCGCCAUUACCGCUGCAAGACAAAAUCUUGCUGAAAGUAAGUGCUUACCUAUACAAAUCGGUUCUUGACGGUAAGGACGCGUACGAGCAGAUCCGCGUGGAAGAGAAAGAUGUACAUAAAACGUUGUUCCACACACUGUUAGGUACUAUGAUCAGUAAGGUGAUGCAACAAGGCGAUUGCAAUGCUGGCGCCACGUACCAGCAAUUGAUGAACCAUUUGUUCUCAGCACACAUAGGUGUAUUCAUGUACGUCUACCUGGACGAUAUAAUAAUAUUUUCCAAUACUAUUGAAGAACACGUCGAACAUAUACGAGUGAUACUAAAAAUACUCGGUAAAGAAAAGUUUUACCUUAGCCCAAAGAAAAUGCAGUUCUUCACUAAGGAAAUUAACUUACUCGGACAUGUCAUUGAUAGCAAGGGGAUCAAAAUGGACCCCCACAAGGUAGAUAGUAUAGAGAAAUGGAAGACACCGGUGACAAAAGAACAAAUAGCAAGCUACAUAGGAGCACUUGGAUACCUUGCGCCAAACUGCAAAGGGAUCCAAAAGCCGAUGGCAAUACUGUCUAAGUACGCCAGCGGUACUGGCCGAUUCAUUUGGGAAGGGACUCAAGAAAGAGCGUUCAAAGAAACGAAGCAGAUAGUUGCAAAGCAUAGGAAUACGCACCAAAAAGCAUUAGAUUACAGCGAAGGGGCACCAACGGUAUUCCUAAUAACUGAUGCAAGCCUUACCAGUGCAAGCGGAGUAUUAAGCCAAGGCGUUGACUGGAAACAAGCGGGAGUAAUUGCCUUCUGGUCAGGAAAGUUCGACUCAGCGCAACAAAACUACCCAGUACACGACCGUGAAGCGUUGGCUAUAAUGCUGUCACUCAAGAAAUUUGAACCGAUGUUACAAGGCGUCCAUUUCCGUAUACUAACUGACCAUCGGGCACUGGAACACCUGACGAGCCAAAAGAACCUGAAUCAGCGGCAAAUGAGAUGGAUCGACCUCAUGAGCCGAUUCAACUUCAGAAUAGUAUAUAUAGAAGGUACAGAAAAUGUAUUGGCGGACGCACUAUCAAGAAUGUACAGUGCAGAAGAGCCUGGGGUCAAACAAGCAAGGAGUGAGUACGCAGUAGAAGAAUGGAGUGAAGGCAAAGCGGGACUGAAGGGUGGGAACCCAACAAACGAGGGACUCACCCGACCGCUACUAGUUGGGGUGGCAGCCGCAGUGGCGGCAACAAGCGGAACCAACUUGGCUAUGGUCCGCCAAAACCCAACGCGCGCUAGGAACGUACCAAAACGCUACGACCCAAUAAUACCAGGCCGUGAGGGAGACAAGUCAACUAGAAAGAAAGGCGUUAGUACAACAAGGAGGGUAGACAAAACACAAAGGAACAAAAGUAAUGACACAGCGGCAAACGCUGCGCCGGAGGGCGAGACAGGCCCCAAAAGCAAUUUCGAGACCCAAAUACCAGAAAUCGUGAAAUCAGUCAACAAAAUCGACGUACUAACAGCCAUUCGCAAGGGCUACGCAAAAGACAAACAGUUCGGACCCAUUACAGAAAACAUAGAAUCGCAGCAUAACUACCAAGUACAAAAUGGACUACUGUACAUGAAAGAUAACAACGAAAUGAUACUAUGCAUACCUGAAUGUGUAAUGGGCAAAUAUGAUGUUAGGCCGCUGCUAAUCGCACAAGCUCACUCAGUACUAGCACACCAAGGGUAUCAAAAGACGUACGCAUAUAUGCGAGAGUCAGUAUGGUGGAAAAAUAUGGCAAAGGAAGUGGAACGAUUCUGCCGGGCAUGCACUACCUGUACUGCGUCGAAACAAUCCACACAGCAUCCGUAUGGACUACUCAAACCGCUACAGGUCCCGAAAUUCCCAUGGUCUCAAAUUGGAAUUGAUUUUGUAGGACCACUUCCAUCAUCAAAGACAUUGUACGGCAAAUUCAACAUGAUCUGCGUAGUCGUUGAUCACCUAACCUCUAUGACCCAUUUGAUUGCGUCUUGGCAAGAUUACACCGCACGCAACAUUGCCGAAGCACUCCACGCGCACGUAUUCAAAUUACAUGGGCCACCGGACAUUAUCAUUAGCGAUAGAGAUAAAUUAUUUACAUCUGAAUUCCACAAAACCAUAAAUGAGCUAUCGGGAACGGAGCUAGGAAUGUCAACAUCUAACCAUCCCGAGACCAACGGACUGGUAGAACGUCAGAAUGGUACAUUGGGAGGGAUCAUCAGGACCUGCACAAACCGCGCACAGCGCAAUUGGGCCAUCCAAUUACCAACCAUUGAGUUCGCAAUCAACUCAGCCCAAUCCGAGACCACUGGAUUCAGCCCGUUUAAGCUGAAUUACGGGCAAAUGCCCCAACCAUUAUUAGUCAGGACAAACACGGAACUUAACGGGGUAAAGGAACACGCCAGAACAAUUAGGCAUGCUCUAAUGACGGCUCACGACGCAAUAAUUGCUCAACAAUCAGUUCAAACAAUCCAAGCAAAUAGAAAACAACGAGCCGCACCAUUCAAAAUAGGCGACAAGGUGUUUGUAUUGACAAAGAACAUGUCCAUACCAGAAGGAAAAGCACGAAAGCUAGUGAACAAAUGGAUGGGACCUGUGGAAAUCAGCGACGAAGUAGUGAAUGGUACAACCUACCGUGUGAUACUGCCGCCAGAACUGAUGCGGAGAGGAAUUAGGCCAACAUUCCAUGCAUUGUUAUUGAAACCGUACAUACCCGAUGAAGACAGAAGGUUCCCCAGACACAACUACAGCCAAUUCAUCAGCCUGGAAGGCAAUGAAGACGAAUGGGCUGUGGAGAAAAUAACCAACCACCGUGGUCGGGGUAACCGUGCAAUGUUUGAGGUAUUAUGGUACGGUGGAGAAAUCACAUGGGAACCAAUCAAGGCGAUCAGGCACUUGGUGGUAUUCAGGCAAUAUCUCGAAAUUUUAGGUAUCAAGCACGAGCACCAAUUACCCCUGAAAGAUGGGGUAGAUGUGGAGGAGCCGGCUAGCGACGAGAGUGAUACUGAAUCAGAAAAUUUAGAGGUAUCGAGUGUACAGGUAUUUAACGACAAGUCACUACAGGGAUGGGAGGACACCCCCUCAUUGCUCAACGCAUAUAUAUUCACUAAAUAUCUACAUUCGUACAUAUGCCUUACGACGAUCCCCCAGGCUAUAACUAUUGCCCCCGCGGCUACGCCAGACGCGGCGGUUGAGGGCAAGGCCGUGGAGGAUUUGCUCGUCCGCAUGAUGAUAUCAUAUGUCGCGCGUUCAACAUCCAGCUGGAAACGGAAAAUAUGCGAGCACGCACCGAACUACUCCAAACUAGCAGGGACAACACUACACACCGAGGCCAUUGUGGACAACAAAGGGGCCAUGAUAGACGUCUUGACCGUAUCGACAAAGACAAAGACGUACCUGUUAGUAAGCCGCGAGUUAGCAGUGCAGUUGCGCAUACAGCCGGUUACUAACCAAGUAACAGCCUCUGGUCCUACUAAACGCUGGAGGUCCCCAAGCCCGGUACCUUGGGCGCAAUAUUCCGGCGACUGCGAGCCUGGGAGCGAUUCCAGCUAUGCACCUCAAUCCAAACGCCCCCGAGUUCAUACCAAGCCACGUACCCGAUCGUCCAAGACCAGCAGUACAGGGACUGAGAGCGGAGAUAUCGGAGGACCUACGAGUAAUGCAAGAACUGUCGUUCCACGCAGACGAAUUGUCAAACCAAAUGGACGAAGCGAAAACCGCUGUAGACUUGAUACUCCGCACGUCACGGCUGUUCGAGGACCUCUACCACGAGACAAAGACAAGACUGGCGAACAGCAAAGAUCAAAUGAACCAGGCCAUGCAAGGGUUGACAGUACGCUCCAAUCGGAGCUCAACCGACUGUACGCCGAACUCACUCGCAAACGAUUGCUCAGAAAGGCUGCGGAACGAGUCCAGAAGCACACUGGGAGAACCGCCGACUUCGACUCACACCAAGGAUCAACUAUUGACGCACAACUCCAUUCGGUCGAUGAGCCAAGUGUCAAUGGAAGUGAUCGUGGCUCAGUGCCGCCUAUCCAGUCCCCCGAGCCCGUCGCAAGAGACCUCCCACACGACGAACAACUCAAGUCCAUUGGCGAACUACUCACAUCAAUGGGACACGGGGGGAGUAACUCACCAAGGCAAGGAGGAAGCGGUGACCCCAGCAAGUCAACAGUCCAACAACACGUCGCACCUAUUGAGGAGAAUCAGCCUGUCGAGCUUGUUGAGCAAGAUGGGGAUACUGACGCGGAAGGGGAAGACAAAGAAACCGGACUGCCAGGGACCACCAAAGGAGCCGACGACCACCCAAGCCGGGCCAUCAACUUGAAAGGAAAAGCUAAGGCGGCGUAG